UCCAAGGAUAAGAAGUAUGUGUACGUAAACAGCUUUAGAGAAUAAGAGAUCUUUCCGUUCAUUUGUCUUCCAUUUCCCCCAUUUUCAUGGCUUGUAUACCAAAGUGCAGCGUUCCAUUAAGGAAGAGGACCCCCAUUAAUCUCUUUGAUUGGGGCAAAGGGAGAAGAGCAGCAGAGCAGAAGCCGACACAGAAAUACCAUGACAUCGAUUUACCGUUCCCUCAGUCUUUAGUAGCAAACACACAUCUAAGAGGCCGAGAACUGAAAUGCUGCUACAGAGCCACCCGGACAGGCUUCACGAGUCCGUCACCGGACUCACGGCCCGCCUGCUCCGACUUCAAAGGCCCCUGCGUCAUCAUCCGGCUACGCACGACCGCCUCCAUUCAAUUUCGGGCCUUCAAACCCGAAGGCUACCGCAGCACCACGACUACUUACGACACCUUCGAGGCGCCCUUCCUCUUCUACCUGCCGAGCCCGAACCCCGGCGACGGACGACGCAACUUCCCCAGUAAUCCUCCCGCAAAGGGUCGGCGGCGCGGGGCCGCGUGUUCGACUACGCGAGGGUGCGGGCCGCAGUUCGGAGCGGACGGGGUGCUCUGACGGUCCCGCCCUGCGGCGCCGGUCAUGGGGUGUUCGGCGUGCGGACCGGAACAACGAGUGUCGGGCGCUGUCGGAGAUCUCCGGCCAGGGCGAAGUCGACGGCUGGGCUGUUCGUACCGCGAAGAGGAGGACGGAAGGGGUCGUUGUUUUCGGGACGAAGGGAGAGCUAGCCUGGCGGAGGUGCAGGUGUUCUGUAGUCCGUACAUUGCCAGUUUGUACUAGUCGAGAGUUUUGCAUGCACCUGGCCGCUCGCGCGCAGAUUGAGAGAGGAGAAAAGUUCUUUCGAUCGACGUUUUGUUAGGAAAUCUUUACUGC